CUGCACUUUCCGUCUAGAUCACCUUGCAACCCGCAAUCAUACAGCAAUGGCAUUGCUUAUGCGUUCCGUGCUAUCCCUUGAAAGUCUUGACCGCGGCCAGAACGAGCACGAGAAUGACCUUACGGUCGACGGUUUCUGACCUUGGCGUGGGGAGGUUGCAUUCCAAGGUUGGGAAACAUCUUGGGCAGAAUCACCUGCGUGUCGAUGAUGGAGUAGAUCCCGCCUGGCCGAAAAGCUUCAAUUCAUUCCUCACUCAGACAAGGACCUUGUCACGACGGUUUCGAACACGUGCGAGAACAACGGGUGAUCGGCGGGCCAGUCCUUCGUGCCUUGACAUUUUCAAUGUUGCGCUGUGGUAUUGGGAUCAAAGGUCUGUGAGUCCCGUGCAUGACCUUAAUGUUACUUCACACAGCUGCCUUGCAGGCUCAACACAUAUAGUUCGAAAAGGUGAUGCCUUCCUUUCGGCACCUGUCACUACCAAGGCCCUAUGUUCCCUAACAGAACUCAACUAUUUUGACCUAUGCGAAAUCAGGGGAACAGUAAUGAGGGGAAAGGCCUACAGACGACCUCUCGCGUGGUGCUGGAAUAUGAGGUGCACUCGGGGCAGAGGUCCGAUAUGGCUCGGACGGUGCAAUCUGAAAUGUAGUAUCAUACACACGUUGUCGGCAAGAUUCGCGAACGCCCACAAACCUUACAUUUGACGGUAAGGAUCGGCAGACCGCACAUCAUCGUGACAACAGCAAUCACAGCUGAGCGUCAAUCAUCACAUGGCAUGCCCUCGAGCGCGAGGCCGAGGACAGAACAAAAUUAUGCAGGA